UAGAAGCUGUAACUCAAAAGAGGAUCUUAGUUAAGAGUGAAUUUUAACUUGUUGCGUCUCGAAAUUAUCCCACCAUAUAAAAUCAUCUUUCUAUUCGAUUAUUUCCUCUUUCAUUGUUAAAAUCCGUGACUCGACUGGUCAGAACAUAAGGCUGGCAAACACUUACGACAAACGUUACUCGUUACACACUAUUCUUUGCCUCAUCUGUAGACAGAAAUAAAGAAUAAUACGGAUUCACUUUACGUUUAGCCAAGUUUUUCUUUCUAUUCGUCUUAGAAUUUUGACGUCUUGGUAAAAAUUUUGAGAUUACUAAAGGCUUCAGAAUUCAAAACGUAUUAUUCGAAAAGUCAUAACACACCUUUUUUUUAUUAAAUCGUUUAACCACUCGACGCCAGCGUUCCUGAAAGACGAAACUGAGAUAUGCAGAAUUAAAUCCUUCCUUUAGUAGAAUACAUUAAAUCAUCUAAUACUGACAGUAACCAGAUAUUUUGUGUGAGCGGGGCAAGGGAAAGAGUGGGCAUGGAAAAUUCGAACUAAAAACGUGAAUUGUAUAUCAGAAGAAGAAACUCUAUCAACUUAGAUAAUCAUUGAGAGUUGAUGUAAAUCUUAAUCAGUCCAGCUAGUCAGUCUUAAACGAGCAAUUUUAGCAAUUAUUUUUUCUCUCUCAAACAACUUAGAGUGAAUUAUAGGAGUAUGACAAUGAGUAUUAGAAAUGAAAUAAAAUUUGUAAAGACGUGCCAGCGAAAAAUUUAAAUUGCUUUAAUUCAUCUAUCAUUUUAGACAAAAAAUACUACGAUGUCAAUUUUCUAAUUAAUGGUUACAUUUUUAUAUUGAUACAAUGUGUGGAAUAUUUUGUUGUAUUUCUCAACAUUCAGAAGAAAGUGUCAAACAUUCUAAUGAGUGGGAUGGAUGCAAAAAUCUUAUAACUUCUAGAGGUCCAGAUAAGUUAGUUAAGCACUUUAUAACGUUAACUGAUACAUGGUGCGGACAUUUCGCAGCAAGUAUAUUGUGGAUGCAAGGUUUGAAGUUAGUAGAGCAACCGCUAAUUGAUUCAAAUGGUAACAUUCUUCUGUGGAACGGAGAUGUUUUAUCUGGAUCUUUGGCAAAAGAUGAUACAUGUGAUAGUAUUACUAUUUUAAAUGCGUUCAGUACAUCUCCUAAUAUUACAAAUAUACUUCAGUAUAUCCAAGGACCAUAUAGUUUCAUAUAUUUUCAAAAAUCUAACAAAUUAUUAUAUUUUGGAAGAGAUAUUAUUGGAAGACACAGUUUACUUCUACAGUUAAAUAAUGAAAAAAACGUAUUAACUAUAACAUCUGUUGGUGCUAAAUGUUUUAAAAAUAUAAUGGAAGUUCCUGCAAUUGGUAUAUUUGCAAUAAAUUUAUCUGAUAUGAACAUAAAUCUUACUUGUUAUCCAUGGAAAGAACCAGACUUUAUAUUUGGAAAUACCAUUGAAGAAUUGAGAAAUGCUUUAAAUGUAAAUAUUAAUAUCAAAGAGACAAUAGCAGAACAAAAUCUGUCUAACAAGAUAGUAAUGCAUUUACAUCCAACUAUUGAAGAUUUAGAUUAUUUAGUAAAUAAUCCUUAUGUAGAAGACUUUAAUAAAAUGAUAGAGCAUUUAUUGAAAAAUGAAAUUGUCUUUAGAAGAGUAGAAUAUUUAUCUAAACUUUUACAUAAAGCAGUUGAAGUACGAAUAAAAAAAAAACCGAAUUUCUGCAAGAAUUGUAUCCUACUUGUAUUGAAAGGAGAAAAUAUUAUUUGCGAUCAUGCAAAAAUAGGUAUAUUAUUUUCUGGUGGACUUGAUUCAGCUAUUUUGACAUUAAUUGCUCAUAAAUAUGUAUCACAAAAUGAACCUAUUGAUCUGAUAAAUGUUGCUUUUGAGAAAAUUGUUAAUACAACUCAAAAAAAUAAGCACAUUAAAAAUACAAAUUUACAUAUCUCAAAAAUAUAUGAUGUUCCAGAUAGAAAAACAGGAAGACAAACUCUCUCUGAAAUAUUACAAAUUUGUCCGAAUAGAAAAUGGAAUCUUGUUGAAGUAGAUGUAACACAACCAGAAUUACAAAAAUAUCGAUCUUCUCGUAUCAAUGAUUUACUUUAUCCUCUCUGUACUAUCUUAGAUGAAAGUUUAGGUUGUGCUAUGUGGUUUGCAAGUCGAGCACAAGGCAUAAUUACAAAAACGAAUAUAGAGUAUGAGUCUCCAUGUCGUGUACUUCUCCUAGGUAUAGGUGCAGAUGAAUUAUUUGGUGGAUACAUGAGACAUAGAAAAAUAUUGAAACAUAAAGGCUGGAAUGCUUUAAAACAAGAGUUGGAUAUUGAAUUAGCCAAAAUUUCUCAAAGAAAUUUAGGAAGAGAUGAUAGAAUAGUUUCUGAUCAUGGUAGGCAAUCCAGAUUACCAUAUCUUGAUGAAAAUGUAGUAGAAUAUGUUCAACAAUUGCAACCAUGGGAAAGAUGUUAUCCAACAGAAAAAAUGCCAUCUGGUUUAGGAGAUAAAUUACUCUUACGUUUAUUAGCACGUAAUCUAGGUCUUCAAAAUACUGCUACUUUUCCUAAAAGAGCUUUUCAAUUUGGAUCUCGAAUAGCUAAUAGUAAAGAAAAUGCUAAAGAUAUUUCUAAACGAUUGUAAAAUGGACAUAAGAUAAUUAAGUUAAAACGAAUAUAUUUUUAUAACAUCAUGAAAUAAAUUAGAUGAAUAAAUAUAAAGCAAUAA